CUCUCGCUCCGAAAUCUUACUCUGAGUUCUCGGGGUCUCACCCGCGCUUUUUCUCUUUGCCUGAUUCUCUGUUCUCGCAUCGCACUCUGUAAUCAUCAGCUGAAACAAAAUGGAGCUGUUUUACUAUCUGGUGUUUGGGUCAUUGGGCGCGGUGGUGGCAGCUCUUGAGCUCAGCAAGACCAACAAAGAUCGAAUUAAUACCUCUUCGGCUUUCAAUUCCUUCAAGAACAACUACCUCCUUGUUUAUUCGCUCAUGAUGGCUGGAGACUGGUUGCAAGGUCCAUAUGUCUACUACCUCUACAGUACGUAUGGAUAUGGGAAAGGAGAGAUAGGCCAACUUUUCAUUGCGGGUUUUGGUUCAUCCAUGCUGUUUGGAACGAUUGUGGGAUCUCUUGCUGACAAACAGGGACGGAAGAGGGCUUGUGUUACUUACUGCAUAACCUAUAUCUUGAGUUGCAUUACGAAGCAUUCUCCUCAAUACAAAAUCUUGAUGGUGGGCCGAAUUUUGGGAGGCAUUGCCACCUCACUCCUGUUUUCAGCAUUUGAGUCCUGGCUCGUGGCUGAGCAUAACAAGAGGGGAUUUGAACAACAAUGGCUAUCAAUAACAUUCUCAAAGGCUAUAUUUCUUGGAAAUGGUCUUGUUGCUAUCCUGUCUGGGCUGUUUGGAAAUGUCCUUGUUGAUACUUUGGCUCUAGGACCUGUGGCUCCCUUUGAUGCUGCUUCAUGCUUUCUUGCAAUUGGUAUGGCUGUCAUACUAUCAUCAUGGGCGGAAAAUUAUGGGGAUUCUUCUGAGAGCAAGGACUUGCUGACCCAGUUCAGGGCUGCUGCCGUGGCCAUUGCUUCUGAUGAAAAAAUUGCAUUGCUGGGUGCUUUGCAGUCUCUCUUUGAAGGCUCCAUGUAUACCUUUGUGUUCCUAUGGACUCCUGCUUUGAGCCCAAAUGAUGAAGAAAUUCCCCAUGGCUUUAUUUUUGCAACAUUCAUGUUAGCUUCAAUGUUGGGAAGCUCAAUUGCAUCCCGGUUGAUGGCUCAUACAUCACCCAGAGUAGAGAGCUACAUGCAGAUUGUUUUUGCAAUAUCUUCUGCCUCUCUGCUACUUCCCAUUCUGACCUCUUCCUUGGUAGCUCCUUCCAAAGAGAAAGGCGGAAGCAUCUCAUUCUCAGGCUGCAUUCAGCUUCUUGGCUUCUGUACUUUCGAAGCUUGUGUAGGCAUAUUUUGGCCGUCCAUUAUGAAGAUGAGAUCUCAGUACAUUCCCGAGGAGGCCAGGAGCACCAUUAUGAACUUUUUCCGCAUUCCUCUCAACAUAUUUGUGUGUGUUGUGCUGUACAAUGUUAAUGCAUUCCCUAUUACUGUCAUGUUUGGCAUGUGCUCAAUUUUCCUUUUCGUGGCUUGCAUACUUCAGAGGCGAUUGAUGCUGAUUGCAGAUAAGCCAAAAACAGAAGACUGGGCAUUGAAGGAUAGGAACACAGAGUCUGAGCCAUUGAAUAUUUAACAGAAGUUACAAUGAAGUUUUUAGGAGGGCCUCGGUCAUCAGCCGCUACAUUUAACGUAUUGUAGUUUCCAUGUCAGAGACAGUGUGACUUGACGACGGCACACCUUGAAAGAAUGGUUAUCUCCCCGGCAAAGGAAGGGGAGGAAGGAAAAAGGGUAAGUUGAAGAAUUUCGCAAGUGCUUUUUUAUAAUUGUUGUAGUAUAUUAGAUGUCUAUUGGCUACUGCUUGAGGAGAAUUCUCCGUUUUGUAGUUUAAUUUUAUUCUUUGGGGGCGGGGUUAAUGGUGUACAUGGCAUACUAUUUCUCUCUUCUUUUUCCCCUUUUUGUAAUGGAAUUGGACUUGCAUUCAGUCAAUUUAUCUUCUCGAUCUUCAUUGUUCCCUCCAAAA